AGGCCCUCAGACAUAACAGCGGGUGCUGGGAAGUCGAACGAUAGGAGAAAAGGGAGCGUCCCCAGCCGGCUCUAUGCGAACGCGGAGCGGCGCCGCUUCCGGGCACGCACGAAGCGCCGCUCCCGCGCUGCGGGGAUUCGAACCGGACCCCGCCCCAUCAUGGCGGUGGGCGGGACUUGUCUCUCAUUGGCUGUAAGGAGCGCGCAUAGCGCUCCUAUUGGCUAGAGCACGGCGACCUGGGAGGCAGGAAGAGGGGAGAGGCUUUAAAAAGCGACGGGAGCGACCGCCAUUUUGUGUGGGAGACGGAGAAGCGGCGGUGCUGCUGGGCUUUGCUGCGCGGAGGCUCGGGGAAGUGACGGCGGUGAGCGGCGGAGUCGGCUCGGAAGGGCCAGCGCGCGUCUGUGGCUGCAGGCGGACGGCACGGACAGAAGUCGUUGUGACUUCUCCCCUUGGAGUUUCGUGCCGAGAAUCUGAUGUUGGGCUCGGCUGCCUGGCUGAAUACAGCGGAUUGGCCCAUGAAAACCUCUGUUCCUAGCCAAAGGAAGGAGUGUAGCGAAAGACAGCACUUACUCUUUCAGGCUUGGAAGCAAGAAAGGGGGCAAGAAUUGGAGAGUGUGAAAUCGGAGAAGACUACUGAAAGGUGACAUUUAAGUUGAAAAUGGGUGGUGGGGAAAGGUUCAACGUUCCAGUUCCCCAGUCUAGAAAUACUACCAAGAACCAUCAACAACUUAAAAACAGGCAGAAGAAUAAAGACCAGAAUUCACAGAUGAAGAAAACCUAUAUGAAGAAAGAAAGAGGACAUGGAUGCAACUCAUUGUCUGGUGCAUGGCAGGCCAUGCAGAAGGCAGGAAAGAACAACAGUGAUUUCCCCUGUAAUCAAAAUUGGAGUCCUAAUUUGUCAAAUUGUAACCUAUUUUUCUCACCUCAAGCCAAUCAGAACUAUGCUGGAGCAAAGUUCAGUGAACCACCCUCACCUAGUGUUCUUCCUAAGCCACCAAGCCACUGGGUACCUGUUUCUUUUAAACCUUCUGACAAAGAAAUAAUGACAUUUCAGCUUAAAACAUUGCUUAAAGUCCAGGCUUGAGAUGGAACUUCAAAUUUUUUAUAGUUAUUUAAAUUUACAGGGCUCCAAAUUUGAGAAUAGUUAUUCAGAACUGCAGAUGCACAGGUAACAGGACUAGAUGUUCUUGCUACAUAUAAAUGGAAGAGAAGGGGAUAGGUGGGGAAGUUUACAUUCCCAGUGUUUUACCUCAGAAGUUGUGUACUUUGUUGAUCUUGCUGUUACAUAGGGAAUUUCUCAAUUAAUUUGGUUAAAUCCUAAACUGUCACCAUUUACUGUAAGAGUAAAUGAGACCGCCCCUAAAAAUUGAAAUUGAGAGUCCUUUUUGUUAAUGGCUUUGGAAGACCAGCUUUUACUGAACUUAAUGCAGCAUUAACUGGAAAAAAAAAAAAAGCACUGAAAGCUUUAAUCGGGUACUCUGCCUUUUAACAUAGUAUCAGAUUUUCUAGUUAAAACUCUUCUGAGCAGAAUUUCCAAGCAGUGUUAUACCCAGCUGCUAGUGAAAAUGCAAAGAUACUCAUUUUUUUCAUACCUGUGAGAUUUGACACUCAAGCUUGUGACUAAAAUUUAGUUUUAGGAAACAUUUUCACAUGUUCUUGAAAAGGUGGAAGAACACUUUAAGGAGGUCUGUAUUUCAGUCUUGUUCCAGCAGUAUUUCAUCAGAACCUCAACAAGGUAGACUGCGCCAGUUAAUGACACACUUUGCAUUGCCAAUGACUGCCAAAAAGAUCUUCCAAAAAUUCUUUCUAUUCUGAUGCACUGAUAAGUUCUAAAAAAAAUUUUUUCUAUCGUUUUCUAAUUGUGAGAAAGCUGGAGUGGUUACUUAAGAUAACUUUAAAUUGGUUACCCUAUAAUUAUUUUGAGUUACAAUACCUUGUGUAGGUAUACAGUGUUUUCAUAGGGAAAAGAGAGCCAUGUAAAUAAAUGUAAUACUUUGUAGCAUAUGUAAAUUUAUGCUGGGCUUUCCUACACAGAGGUAUUUUUAGAGCAAAACUGGUAAAUGUAAGAUGACCACGCUGAGUGUGUGGCCUGAUCUAAAAAACAUAAUAAAAAAUUAUUUUGUUAAACACCAAAGGACAUUUGUGGCUGUAGCCUUGGACUUAAUAUACAGUGAAUGUGUACAUCUUAAUUGGUCAUGGGAUCAUUUUUAAAAUAAAUGCAGUGCAAAAGAUAAUUAUUUAGAAAUUUGUAGUAAAAUUUAAAAAAAAUGCUUAAACUUAAGAUACUUAUGCUCUGAAUGUUGUGCUUAUAAUCAGACUGGGUGUCCCACAACACAAAGGACAGAGUUUGAUGACACUGAAGUAUUGUUAAAAUGUUUGCUUCUAAAAUGAAUCAGUGCUACAUUUUGUCCCAGUAUUUACUAAAAUUUGUGAAGUUUGGUUAUUGGGGCAGUUGUCAACAUGUUGAUUUCAGCGCUGUCACAGUUCAGCUGAUCCUAUAAACACAACUGAACUGUAAUAAUUAGAGUCUGAGAUUAUGCAAAAAUCCAGUAACAACUGAAAAAGUGGUUUAACUUGAAAGGGAAUUUUGCUGAUUAUGAAAUGUUACUUAAAAUGUUUUUCUGUGCAUUCAGAUGCAGUAGCAGCUGGUUGAAUGCUUACAGAUCUGUUAUUCAAAAUGUGAUGGAAUUGGUUGUCUUUAAACUCAAGUCUUUCUGAUCUGGACCUUUACCACUUUAAGAGCUGUACCCCAGUUGUAAUUGUGUAUACUCUAUUUCAAAUUGUCAUUUACUGCAUGUGUACAAAUUGGAAGUGAAAAAAAAUAAACUUUCCCCCCAAAAAGUGUUUUAUUUUAGGAUGGUAGCGGAAAAGUGGGAUGGCAUUCUAAAAAGAAUGGAGUGCUAUAAAGUAAUGACUGCAUGGUCUCUAGUCUAUGAAUGCCAGAGGAACCUGGAAAUUACUUAACAGUGAAGGAUGUUUUUUGAAUUCUCAUUCAUGUCUUGCCCGUGAUUUAUGAACACAGAGCUCAAUUCUUAAUUCCAAUGGAAUUAAGAAAAACUUAAUUGCCUGUUAAAGGGCUGUCAGGCUCUGCUCCAGAAGGCUGGCUCGCAAGCAAGACAACCCAGUCUGAGCUGAUGCAGCUCAGAUUUAGCUGAGUAGAGCUGCACUCAUGCUUUCUGCUACCUCUCAUAAAGUGGCUGGCUCAAGAGCUCUGAGCUAGAGGGGAAACAUCCUUGAUUAUUUCAGUGCUUAGUGACCAUUCGGCAACAGUCUACAGCUGUAUUAAUUAAGUCAGAAGGUGCUCUCAAGUUAUAGUCAAAACUUGUACAUUUUAUUCCCAAUUCACAGGGUUAUUUGCACAGAUGGAACACAAAACUCCAGAAGAAAGAAUGUGUAUGAAUAAAACAUUAGCAUCUUUUGAUCAAACACACUACAGGGUACAGAGUUUUCCCUUCCUAUUAUAGUCUCAUCAGUAAGAGCAUCUCUAGACAAUUAUUAUAGCAAUGGACUACAGACUUUUUAAGCAUGUUACAAGAUAAAUGGAAAAAAAACCAGCAAAUAUUAAUGGGUGAUUAUGUCCUAAAAGUGUCUAAAUUUUUCCUUUGUACUUCAAACCGUUAUCUGCAACACUCCUGCCAAAAAUCAUAUAGCAGUGCUGCAGCGUAUAUCAAUCCAGAUGGCCUCUGGAUAUAUUCCAAGCUGUUACCCCAAACUAAACAUUAAGGAAAAAAAAAAAGCUCUUUCCAAGAGCAGAGUUCAAAAUAACAUUUAAACUGAAAAUUUCCACUUUGAAUAAAGCCAUUAUACUGCACAUUUAAACAUAUUUAAAAGACAUAGAAAGGAUAACAUUUAGCUUUCAGAGACCGGUCUGUCAUAGUCCCUAGUUUAAACACCCAGCUACUUAACCACUAAAUUUAAGAUUUUUAAUUAUCAGUUGGGUGCAUGGACUUUUAGUGAAAAAGAAGUUCCAAUAGAGCCUUCUAUUACUGCUGAGAUAAAUCAAUAUUCUGCAAAUAUUUUGGAGUACAGCCAUUACUUUCAGCAGAAUUUUACAUACUACUUCAAUUCUACAAAUUUUGCAGGAAUGACAAGAUCUAGUUUACCACAGAAAAACAUAAUUCCCACCAUUCUUGAGACUCCAAAAGAAAGAUGCUUAUACAUGAUCUUUUGCAGCCUGCAUGUUCUUGCAUUCCAGCUGUGCAUAACCUGCAGGUAGCUUGCAUGAGACAGGCUACUUUUUUUUUUUUUUUUU